CCCAGUUUACAAUUUUCCAGGAAUAUUAGGAUCCACCCUGAUAGAAUAAACACUAUGCAAAUGAAUAAGAUUUCUCCUGUAGCUACGAAAUAGACGACUCCGUUCAAUUAAAUAGCCAUGCACAUUAACAUAUUACUCUAUUCCCAACGCAGUAACUAUAAGAGUCUCUGGGUUCGAAUCCCGCCACGGGUAACUCGUACCGGUCACCGAUGAGACACGGAGGAAGUUAAAGCUUCUGCAACGUCGCUUCUAGAUUAUCCAUUGUUUCUGCAUCCGGCGAGAAUACGGUUUCUAGAAUUCUGUUUAUUGUGGAAUAUUAAUCAAGAAUGAAGAUCUUGGUGUUUGUUCUUCGCUUUAUGUGUGUAGCGUUGGUCGAAUCGCAAUUUGCGGGCCUCGCAUUCCAACGUCCAUGCACGGUUUGUCAGACUGGAGUUUCAUCUUUGCAGUUAAACCUGCCGUGUUUAAAUUCUCUUAUACCGGGUCUACAGAAUUUACAAGGAGGUCAAACCUGCCAACAAUUUGCGCAGUGUGUCGCAAUACCUGGAUCAUAUGGUCGAGGGGUUUGCCAAUGUUAUGCUGGCUACACGGCCGUGUUAUACUCGUGCGUGCCAACCGGGCAACAAGCUAUAACCAGCCUCAUAACGCAAUUGAUAAACCGACGCCCAACAUCAACCGGACCAACUAUAGCAGCAAACUUUAACUGCCGACCUCAAUGCAAUCUUGCAAGUGCGGAAUGCUAUCUACGGUCUACAGCUACAAGCCAAACCUUUGCUUGUGGAUGCAAGGCAGGAUUCCAGGGCAACGGUUAUAAUUGUAUACGGAGCCAGAUUCCGCAGGUUGGCAAUAACAGCUCGGCAGUGUCUUGCGCCGUCCGAUGCGAUCCAGUGAACGCAGUAUGUGUCAACAGUCCAGGUUCUACAACCAACGUGUGUCGAUGCAAACCUGGAUUUACUGGGAAUGGUGUUCAGUGUACGCCCAUUCCUGGAUCUGUAGCUUCAAGGUGUCUACCAAGUUGUCACCCAACGUUGGGACAGUGUGUUUACAACUCUUUAAACACACGAUACGAAUGUCAAUGCAGGCUUGGGUACAAUGGCAAUGGUUAUGCAUGUUCUGCUCAGACUCCAACUAAUACAGGAAACAUUGGAACGCCCCAAAGAACUUGCACACAAAGAUGUCAUCCAAGGUUGGCGCGAUGCAAUUACCUUCCCCUGCCCAAUGAAUACAGGUGUCAGUGCAAUGCAGGUUAUACUGGUAACGGGGUUUACUGCGUUCCCAAUGUUACUCCUGUACCAGUACCCACAUCACAAUGCGUUCUUCCCUGCCACCCCACAUUGGCAUCGUGUGUUUACAACUCCGUCGAUCGCCAGUUCGAUUGUGUAUGCAACCAAGGUUAUAGAGGCAACGGGGUGUUGUGUGUAGCUGAAUCUGAAGUUGUUCCAGAAGGCACAGGCCCGUACUGCGUGCCCGGUUGUGAUCCCCAAUAUGGAGUUUGUGAGUUCAACAACGCAUUAAGACGGCACACAUGUAGGUGUGCAGAUGGAUAUGAAGGAAAUGGAAUCACGUGCACCAGGAUAUCAACCACCACGUGUCGGCGACAGUGCCAUCCCACAGCCGCAUCAUGCUCGUAUAGCCCAAGUUAUGGAAGAUACAGAUGUCAAUGCAAUAGUGGUUACAUUGGUGAUGGUGUGAGGUGUACACCAGUGUUUGUCCCAACCUCUUUCACCCCGGUAGUCGUCCUUCGUUGCCAACCCCCUUGUUCAGCGUUGGCAACUUGUGUAUUAAACCCAACAACUCAACAACGAACAUGUGAAUGCCUGGAUGGCUACAGUGGCGAUGGACAAACUUGUACGUCUAAUGGACCAGGAACUGGGGGCGGGGGACAAAGGGUUGUGGGGUGUCAACAUACUUGUCAUAACGAUGCUUUCUGUUUGGUAACGGAAGGCAAUGCUGAGGGAGUGUGUACAUGCAAACGGAAUUUCCGGGGAGAUGGUGUCAAUGCCUGCUUUAGGCAAAGCAACCGAUGUUUGAAGAACUGUCACUACCAAGCUACGUGUAAACGUGUGGGGUUAGCGCACCAGUGUGUGUGUGAUGAGGAUUUUAUGGGCGAUGGAAUCAACUAUUGCACCUCAACAGUCCCCGAGCAAUCACUUGCUUGCAACAAUGUAUGUACAUCCAAUGCAAGAUGUGAAAUUAUAGCAGUAGACGGCAACCAAGCUAUAACAUGUAUUUGCGAUGAUGGAUACGCUGGGGAUGGAUUCUCUACAUGUAACCCUACAUCUUGAAGAAGGCGUACUUACAAAACAUGAUUCACUUUAUUAACAACAUUUUGACUUGUACAAUAAAAUCAACUUUUAA